AUGGAGCCCAACUCCAUCCGCACAUGGGAUGCCAUGGUAGAGAAAUUCUUAGCAAAAUACUAUCCCCCAAGUGAAGCUUUGAAGAGACAGUCAGCGAUUCUAGCAUUUGAAAUGACUCCUGAAGAGAGUAUCCGAGGAGCUUGGGAAAGGUUCAAGAGUCUAUUGAAGCGGUGUCCUAAUCAUGGUCUAAGCUCAACACAUCAAAUCCUCUUAUUCUAUAAGGGGUGUUUUCCUGAAGCAAAGAGCGAGCUAAACUGGAGCGCUGGGGGAGCACUGCUAAAGAUCGGUGAAGUGGCAGCAAUGGAAGUGAUUGAGAGAGCAACCUCGAAUGAUGAAGGUUGGAACAACGAGAGGAGCAAGGUACAUAAAGUAGUUUCUGCAUCUGAAAGCAAUCAAAUAGAUAGUAUAUCCAAGCAGAUGGAGCUCAUUCACAAGAAGUUAGAUCUCAUGUGCCCUAACUCCUACCCCAACCAAGGGGGUGGAAGUUACAACCUAUGUGGGAACAAGGCGCAUCCUGACGUAUCAUUUGGGAACCCCAACAAUACCCUACAGUCACCACCAGGUUUCACAGUCUCCCAAGGGAUGAUCGAGCCGCAGAAAAAGAGUUCAGAGGAAAUACUGAAUGCUUUCAUGACGCAGUCACAAAAGAACAUGGAGCAUACAAACAAGAGGCUUGAAAAGGUAGAAAUGGACGUGCACAACAUUGAAGCACAUUUGAAGAACUUGGAUUCACAGAUGAGUCAGAUUGCUCAACCGUUGAGCGGCCAGCAUAAGCCAGGGCAAUUCCCAGGGCAGCCAACUGUAAAUCGUAAGGAUUGCAAGGCGAUUCACUUGAGUAGUGAGAAGAGUUAUGAGGGUCCUUCUAAGCCAGAGACCCCACCAAAACCUGUAGCUGAGCCAAAGACUUCACCAGUGGAAGAAGCUGAAGGGGCACUGCAGCAAAUGCUUGGAUAUGUUAAAUUUCUUAAGGAGGCUGUCUCCAAAAAGAAGAAGUGGGAGCAAUAUGAAACCAUCAACUUGACGAAAAAUUGUAGUGCAAUUUUGCAAAGAAAGCUUCCUGCUAAGAUGAAGGAUCCGGGGAGCUUCACUAUUGAAUGCACUAUUGGAGACUGUUUUGUGGGGAAUGCCAUAUGUGACCUUGGACCUAGCAUUAACCUCAUGCCAUUGUCUUUGUAUAAAAAGAUGAAGAUUGGUCCGUUGAAGCCCACCACCAUCACGCUGCAGAUGGCUGAUAGAUCAGUGUCAUAUCCAAUAGGCAUUGUGGAGGAUAUAUCGGUAAGGGUAAAUGAAUUCUUCUUCCCAGCCGACUUUGUGAUAUUGGACAUGGAGGAGGACGGAAAAGUACCUCUCAUUCUAGGAAGAUCCUUCCUAGCCACAGUGAAGGCCUUGAUCGAUGUCGAUACUGGAGAGCUCACAUUUCGCUUCAAUGGCCAAAGUGUAACAUUUUCCAUCUAUGAGUCUUUGAAGAGGCACGACGGGGAACCCGGAGGAAGCUUGCAGCAUUGCAAUGUGGUGACCACGGUGGAUGAGUGUGUUAGAAGGAACUUGCUCGCGGUCUGCUUGAAUCUGCAAAGUGGUUAUAGUGAUAGGAGAGGACGUUAG